AUGGCUUUCCACAACCUCAAAAUCCAUGAACAGUGCACUGUUGCGCCUCCCUCUGCACCCCAAACAUCCCUCCCUCUCGUAUUCUUCGACCUGUUCUGGCUCAGGUUUCAUCCUGUAGAACGCAUCUUCUUCUAUUCCCUCCCCGUAACCCAUUCAAACCCAUCCAUUUUCUUCACCCAAGUUGUUCCAAAGCUCAAAACUUCACUCUCCGGCAACGUCCUGUGGCCCAAUGCUUCUUCCAACCCCGUCGUUCAGUACACCCCAGGCGACGCUGUUUCAGUGGUGCUUGCAGAAUCCGAAGCCGAUUUCGACCACGCGUUGGACAACGCACCCAAAGAAGCAUCAGAGUCACGUUUCUUGGUGCCCCACUUGGAAUCCUCUGAUUCUCAUGCCUCUGUUAUGGCUCUCCAAAUCACUCUGUUAUGGGUUUAG